UACCCCCCUAUGGAUCUGCCCCUCACUCUCACCCCCUUCUUACCCCGUGUGUCUGUGUGUUACUCUGUAUUUACUGUACUGCACUGGGGCAGAGAGAUCCGUCAUUAUUAUAUCAAUGCCCCACCCCUUCCCAUUGGCUGCUGGGGCAGAGAGAUCCCUCAUUAUUAUAUCAAUGCCCCUUCCCUUCCCAUUGGCUGCUGGGGCAGAGAGAUCCGUCAUUAUUAUAUCAAUGCCCCGCCCCUUCUCUUCCCAUUGGCUGCUGGGGCAGAGAGAUCCGUCAUUAUUAUAUCAAUGCCCCGCCCCUUCCCAUUGGCUGCUGGGGCAGAGAGAUCCCUCAUUAUUAUAUCAAUGCCCCGCCCCUUCCCAUUGGCUGCUGGGGCAGAGAGAUCCGUCAUUAUUAUAUCAAUGCCCCGCCCCUUCUCUUCCCAUUGGCUGCUGGGGCAGAGAGAUCCGUCAUUAUUAUAUCAAUGCCCCGCCCCUUCCCAUUGGCUGCUGGGGCAGAGAGAUCCCUCAUUAUUAUAUCAAUGCCCCGCCCCUUCCCUUCCCAUUGGCUGCUGGGGCAGAGAGAUCCCUCAUUAUUAUAUCAAUGCCCCUUCCCUUCCCAUUGGCUGCUGGGGCAGAGAGAUCCGUCAUUAUUAUAUCAAUGCCCCGCCCCUUCCCUUCGGCUGCUGGGGCAGAGAUCCGUCAUUAUUCUAUCAAUGCCCCGCCCCUUCCCUUCCCAUUGGCUGCUGGGGCAGAGCGAUCCCUCAUUAUUAUAUCAAUGCCCCGCCCCUUCCCAUUGGCUGCUGGGGCAGAGAGAUCCCUCAUUAUUAUAUCAAUGCCCCGCCCCUUCCCUUCCCAUUGGCUACUGGGGCAGAGAGAUCCCUCAUUAUUCUAUCAAUGCCCCGCCCCUUCCCAUUGGCUGCUGGGGCAGAGAGAUCCGUCAUUAUUAUAUCAAUGCCCCGCCCCUUCCCAUUGGCUGCUGGGGCAGAGAGAUCCCUCAUUAUUAUAUCAAUGCCCCUUCCCUUCCCAUUGGCUGCUGGGGCAGAGAGAUCCGUCAUUAUUAUAUCAAUGCCCCGCCCCUUCCCAUUGGCUGCUGGGGCAGAGAGAUCCGUCAUUAUUCUAUCAAUGCCCCGCCCCUUCCCUUCCCAUUGGCUGCUGGGGCAGAGAGAUCCCUCAUUAUUCUAUCAAUGCCCCGCCCCUUCCCAUUGGCUGCUGGGGCAGAGAGAUCCGUCAUUAUUAUAUCAAUGCCCCGCCCCUUCCCAUUGGCUGCUGGGGCAGAGAGAUCCCUCAUUAUUAUAUCAAUGCCCCGCCCCUUCCCAUUGGCUGCUGGGGCAGAGAGAUCCGUCAUUAUUAUAUCAAUGCCCCUUCCCUUCCCAUUGGCUGCUGGGGCAGAGAGAUCCGUCAUUAUUAUAUCAAUGCCCCGCCCCUUCCCUUCCCAUUGGCUGCUGGGGCAGAGAGAUCCGUCAUUAUUAUAUCAAUGUCCCGCCCCUUCCCUUUGGCUGCUGGGGCAGAGAGAUCCGUCAUUAUUAUACUAACGCCCCGCCCCUUCCCUUCCCAUUGGCUGCUGGGGCAGAGAGAGCCGUCAUUAUUAUAUCAAUGCCCCGCCCCUUCCCUUCCCAUUGGCUGCUGGGGCAGAGCGAUCCGUCAUUAUUAUAUCAAUGCCCCGCCCCUUCCCUUCCCAUUGGCUGCUGGGGCAGAGCGAUCCCUCAUUAUUAUAUCAAUGCCCCGCCCCUUCCCUUCCCAUUGGCUGCUGGGGCAGAGAGAUCCGUCAUUAUUAUAUCAAUGCCCCGCCCCUUCCCUUCCCAUUGGCUGCUGGGGCAUAGAGAUCCAUCAUUAUUAUACUAACGCCCCGCCCCUUCCCAUUGGCUGCUGGGGCAGAGAGAUCCAUCAUUAUUAUAAUAACGCCCCUCCCUUCCCUUCCCAUUGGCUGCU